GCCAAACCUUUUCGACCAGCAGGCGCAGUCGCUGCGGGACCAGAUCGAGAGGACCAAGGAGCGCAUCACCAAGGCCGAGCAGCAGUCCGAGGAGAAGCUCGAGGAGAUCACCAAGCUCGCCGACGAGUUCUCGGAGCUGCAGGUCACCAUCAACACGGCGCGCGAGGAGGUGGCACAGUUGGAGGCGCAGCACGCGAUCACGGUGCAUUCAGUGGCAGCCAACACGCCGAAGCCUCGCGCCAACAACCCCUUCCCGUCACUCAGUCAGCUGUGUGACCAACUCCAGCAAGGACCUGUACACAGUGUGCCGCCGCACAUUCAGCAGCAGGUGUUCGCGCUGGAGGAGAGCCUCAAGCAGGCGGUGCAGCAGCUGCCAGCAGCGGUGGAGGGCGCGACAGGCGGCGCCGCCUCCGCAGGCGCCGCCCCAGGCGGCCUCAGCCAGCAGCAGCCUGAGGGGGCCAUUGUGGCCGCGGCUGGGGCAGUUGAGCCAGCCGCAGCAGCGACAGCUGAGGCGCCAGAGGCUCGGCCAGCGCAGAGUACACCUGACGACUUCGGCUUCCCGAAGGUUGGCGACGCGGAGGAGAGCGCUGCCACCGUGGACCAGACCCAAGGCAGCACCCAGAAGAGGCCCCCCAGCGAACGGAACGGGAUCCAGCAAGCUCUCGGCACCAUCGCCAAGGAGGACAACUCCAGCCAGGAGGCCAAGAAGGCCAGGCAGCUGGCCCAGAAGGCCAUCGAGAGGGCGGCGGCGGCCAAGGCUGCUGGCAAAGGCGCGGCUGACGCGCCAUAUGGGUAA